AUGUAUCACACGGAGCGACAAACGGACUCACAUCCUGCUGGACCGACGCCCACACCUGGACCCGAGGGACGGGCCACACACAGAACCGGAUAUGUCUCCGUGUGAGCGAACUGUUCGGAUCGGAGAGCACGUUAAACUGUAGCCGCCUUUCUGUCGAGAACUACGUCAACCAUAAUCCACCGCGCUCACAUGUAGAAGUGAAGCCGAAGAGGUCAAAACAAAAAACUGGUAAUUGACAGGGAGAACGCGCGUGGACACACUGUGCCUCUGAUGGCUGGUCGACUCCUCAAGGUCUCCUCCCUGGCCACAGCGGUGUUCGCCUCCUCUGGGUUUUACCUCUACAACAGACAGCUGGACCUCAAUGACCUGAGCGUCAUACGCUUCGGACGAGCUGCGCUCACUACGGCCGUCAUCAGUUGCGACUAUCUGACUGCUUUCAAACAUGUGGAGUACGGCACAGAGGAGUACUGGGCCCUCAAGUCCAAGGUGCAUCAGCGGUCAGCGGAGCGUCUUCGAGACUUGUGCUGUGCCAACCGGGGUACUUUCAUCAAGGUGGGUCAGCACCUCGGUGCUCUGGACUACCUGCUGCCUGAGGAGUACACAUCCACGCUGAAGGUGCUCCACAGCCAAGCUCCUCAGAGCAGCAUGGAGGAGAUCAAGCAGGUCAUCAGAGAAGACCUCGGCAAGGAGCUGUCAGAGUUAUUUGUCUCCUUUGAGGAGAAGCCUCAGGGUGCAGCCUCCUUAGCCCAGGUCCACAAGGCAGUGUUGCAUGAUGGGAGGACGGUGGCUGUCAAAGUCCAGCACCCCAAAGUCCAGAGACAGAGCUCCAAGGAUAUAGUGGUGAUGGAGGUGUUGUUGAAGAUGGUCCACUUGCUUUUCCCGGACUUUGCCUUCAUGUGGUUGGUGGAGGAGGCAAAGAAGAACAUGCCGCUGGAGUUGGACUUCAUCAAUGAGGGACGCAAUGCUGAGAAGGUGGCCAAAAUGUUGGCCCACUUCCCUUUUCUGAAGGUUCCCAUCAUCCACUGGAACCUGUGCACAAAGAGGAUCCUCACCAUGGAGUUUGCGGAGGGGGGUCAGGUCAACGACAGGGACUACAUGGAGAAACACGGCAUCAAUGUCAACGAGAUCUCAGAGAACCUGGGGAAGAUGUACAGCGAAAUGAUCUUCGUCCAUGGCUUCGUUCACUGCGACCCGCAUCCAGGCAACGUGCUGGUCGCAAAGUGUCCCCAGAGCAAGAAGACUGAGAUUGUCCUCCUCGAUCAUGGCCUUUAUCAGGUCCUGCAGCCAGACUUCAGGUUGGACUACUGUCGGCUGUGGCAGGCUCUAAUUAAAGGUGACAUGCCCGGGAUGGAGCGUUACAGCCGCAGACUAGGUGCUGGAGAUCUGUAUCCGCUGUUUGCCUGCGUGCUCACUGCUCGCUCCUGGACCGCCGUCAAUGCUGGCAUCAGUUCUGUGCCUGUCACACACGCUGAGGAUGUUGAGAUACGGACCAAUGCAAGUCUGUAUCUGCCUCAGAUCAGCGAGCUGCUGAACCGAGUGCCCCGACAGAUGCUGCUGCUGCUGAAGACCAAUGACCUGCUGAGGGGCAUCGAAACCACCUUACAGACCAGAGCCUCCUCCUCGUCCUUCAUCAACAUGUCCCGCUGCUGCGUACGUGCCAUGGCCAGGCACAAGAGGAGUAAGACUCGGUCCAAGAGGAGGCGUCUGCAGAUCACGCUGUCAGAGUCUCUCAGCCUGUGGAAGCUCAUGAUGUAUGAACUGUUCCUGUGGGUGAAGGGCUGCACGGCGGCGCGCUGGCUCACCGCUCUGCUGUCCGUGAUGCACUGAGACACACCCGGACGUCGCACUGAAACAUGGACUGCAAGCUUCAACUGCUGGCUCGCAAAAGGGUUCAUCAUCCACCGCAUCUGCGACACAUGUCCUCAUACUCCCACACACACACACAAAUGAGGUCAACUUACCUCCACAACACAGUUCAUAACCCUGAGCACUCGUACAAGGACACAAGAUGCGGAUGUCUGUGGACAUCAGGGGCAGAUGAUCAUUUUACAGACCUGUUACCUCAAGAUCCCAACUGGAUCACACUAUCUGUACCAUUAUUCCUGCACGGAGACCAAAACCAAACCCUCUGCUCACUAAUGGAAUCUGGCAAGCUGCACUGUAGAGAGGCGGUGUCCCUCCCCCUCCCCCUCCCCCUCCCCC